AGGAAAGAGAAGAGAGACUCUUCUCCAAGACUUAACUGAGUUCAUACGCCGUUACGCGUUUUUUCUACUUUACACCAAACCCUUCUCUUUCUACUUUCUUCAACCUUCAAUUCUUCAAUUCCAAUCCAACUUCCUUUUUUCGAUUCUUAUUUUAGUUUCAAUCGGAAUUCGAAACUCCUUCGAAACUAAACAGAAAAAAAAAUGAGUGACAAUUUGAUGGAAAAAGUGAACGCGUUCGGCGAAAAGCUAAAAAUCGGCGGCGUCGAAGUUGGCCGGAAGAUGACGGAAGGAAUGACGUCGAUGAGUUUCAAGGUGAAGGAAUUCUUCCAAGGUCCAAACCAAGUCGACAAGCUCGUUGAAGACGCAACAUCGGAGGCACACGAAGAGCCUGAUUGGGCCAUGAAUCUUGAUCUAUGUGACCUAGUUAACACUGAGAAAGUUAGUAGUGUUGAAUUGAUCCGUGGAAUUAAGAAACGGAUCGUGAUUAAAAGCCCUAGGGUUCAGUAUUUGGCUUUGGUUUUGAUUGAAACUCUUGUUAAGAAUUGUGAAAAAGCGUUUUCUGAACUUGCUGCUGAGAGAGUGCUUGAUGAGAUGGUGAAGCUUAUUGAUGAUCCUCAAACUGUUGUUAAUAAUCGGAAUAAGGCUUUGAUGAUGAUUGAAGCUUGGGGUGAGUCCACUGGUGAACUUCGGUAUUUGCCUGUUUAUGAAGAAACCUAUAAGAGUUUGAGAUCGAGGGGUAUUAGGUUUCCUGGUCGUGAUAAUGAAAGCUUGGCUCCGAUUUUCACUCCUCCACGGUCGACUUCUGUACCGGAGCUGCCUCAUGUGGAUGAUCUUCCACACGAGUUUCAACGUGAUGUUACUGUGCAGGGUUUUACGCCGGAACAGACAAAGGAAGCGUUUGAUGUUGCGAGGAAUAGCGUUGAACUUCUUUCGACUGUGUUAUCGUCUUCACCGCAACAAGAUGUUUUGGAGGAUGAUUUGACCAGCACACUUGUACAGCAGUGUCGUCGCUCCCAAACUACUGUCCAGCGAAUUGUCGAAACUGCUGGGGACAAUGAAGCACUUCUUUUUGAGGCCUUGAAUGUUAAUGAUGAGAUUCUCAAGGUUCUUACCAAGUAUGAGGAGUUGAAACCACCUCCAGUUGCCCCCCUUCAACCUGAACCAGCUAUGAUACCCGUUGCUGUUGAGCCAGAUGAGUCACCUCGUCAUCUUGAUACUAAAGAGGACUCCUUGAUUAGAAAGCCAGCUGGAUCAAGACCUGGGGUCCAGGGAGGAAACAACGAUGACAUGAUGGAUGAUCUUGAUGAGAUGAUAUUUGGGAGUAAAGUUGGGGAUGCAUCAGGUGGAGGACAUGACACAAAGAAGCAAUCUUCUAAAGAUGAUCUCAUCUCAUUCUAAUCUGCACUACUAAUCGACCUUGGACCUUCUUUAACGUCUUGCUACUUCUAUACGCAGUUGUUGAUUGUGAACUUUCUUCAGAAUUUCAGAUUGCAAUUUCCACUGUUAUUAUAAUGAUUAUUAUUGCAGUUUUUUGUGCAAUUUAUGUUUGAAAAUGGUAUACAAGUGCUUUAAAUGGUAUAGAUGGGAGAUUUGGAGAAA